AUGGCGGCGUUUCCGUGUAGGAAUGACGAACAUGAGACAAUAGCAGAGGUAGCUGCUUCUUCUUGCACCGUUGUGUCCACAGUUGUGUCCAGCUCGGAGACUGUCGAGGCAGUUUCCAGGGAAAGAAAUUCAGCCCUGCAGCAGGGCAACUGGGUGACGGUGAGGCAGCGUAGUCGUGGGUCAAAACACCGCUCUUCUGUUCCGAUCAAAACAUUAAACAGGUUCUCCCCACUCAGUGAUGCACCCACUGAGAAACCUGAUGAAAGUGCUCUAGUUAUUGGUGAUUCUAUUGUACGGAACGUGAAUAUAGAGACACCAGCCACCAUAGUCAAAUGUUUACCGGGAGCCAGAGCGCCUGACAUCUUGGCAAAUUUAAAAGUGCUGGCUAAUGCUAAACGUAAAUACAGUAAGAUUGUUAUUCAUGCCGGCGCUAAUGAUGUUCGACUUCGCCAGUCGGAGAUCACUAAAAAUAACAUUAAAGAGGUGUGUGAACUUGCAAGCACGAUGUCAGACACUGUAAUAUGCUCUGGUCCCCUCCCUGCUUACCGUGGUGAUGAGAUGCAUAGCAGAUUGUCAUCACUCAAUGGCUGGAUGUCUAAGUGGUGCCCACAGAAUAACAUAGGUUUCAUAGACAAUUGGACGAGCUUUUGGGGCAGACCUGACCUGUUUAAAAGAGAUGGUCUUCAUCCCUCCUGGGGUGGCGCCACUCUUCUCUCUAGAAAUAUGGCAAAUAGUCUU